GUUUUACCGAUUGAAUUUGAAAUUUAAUAAUUUGAAUUUAGCACGAAAACAGUAGUCGUUUGAUAUAAGUAAUGAAACAAAAGAAUUUCGUAGUGUAGUUAUACGAUUUAUAUACAAUCGUUAUUUAAAUAUUAUUUUUAUUGACCUUAAUAACAAAAGUAUUUUAAUAUGAAUUUAAAUAUUGUAUAUGAAUCCUCGAAUAUAAAUGACGUAAAAACUAGAUGUUUAAAUGAAAAAAAUGUAACAACACAAAUAUUCACGAAUUCUACAUUUAAGCCUAUUUUUCUCGAAAAAGUAAAUUUUGGAAAUGUACCUUUGGGAAACACUGUACAUCAUCUUAUAUUAAUACAUUCUGCCCCAAAUAAAAAAGUUUCUUUUGUAGUUUUACCAUUUACAAAAAAUCCUUGUAUUGAUAUUUAUCCAUUAGAAGGAAAUGUAAAACCAGAUUGUAAACCUGCAGAAAUUAUGAUAAUUUAUAGACCUUUAAGUUAUAUUACUUUGAAUUUUGAAUUACAAAUAUAUAUACCUGAACUAUCCAAAACACAUGUAGUAACAUUUUAUGCACAUACUAAACCAAGAUUGAAAAGAAAUCUACAUGAAAAUACAUAUAGACAUAAAAAAUGUAUAGAAACUAAGAUAAAUAAACUAACUAAGAAAAAACCUAUUCUAUUAAAGAAAAUAUAUCCUACAUUAGAAAAUAAACAAAGAAUAGAUACGAUAUAUAAAGGAUAUAAACAGUAUGAAAAAAGAUCUUUAAAAUGGUCGUACAAAAUUCAUAUGAUGCAAGUAGUAAAUCAUAUAUAUGAUAAAUACUAUGAAAACUUUUGUAAUGAACAUGAAUUGAGAGAUAGGUCCCUUAAAUAUUUAUUUAGUAGAAAUGAUUGAACAUAAAUUAAAAUUACAAGGUUUAUUUUUAUAUAAAUCAGAAGUCUAUCGUAAAGAAAAUAAUCGAGCAAUGAUUCAUCAUAAACCAAAAAUUGGUUUUAAUGCCAAAUUUCUUUCUAUUGAAGAACUACAAAUAAUUAUGAUGGAACGCAAAUUUAAUUGGAAUUAUUACAAAUGUUCAACAAUUACAACACAGUUUAAAGAGUUAAUUAAUAGAGAUAAAUCUAUAAAAAUAAAACAAAGAAUACUUAGAAUUGCUUUAAAAGUAUGUUUUAUCAUAUUGCUUUAUUCUUGAUAAAUACAUGAACUAUUUUUUCUGUUUUAUUUCAGUAUCCUGAAACUACAAUUCCAUUAGAUACCAAUAAAAAAUGGUCUUUAUAUUAUUGUAAAAUAAACAUUUUUAUUGAAGCUGCCCGCAAGAUCAUUUUAAAAAAUCGAUUAAUCAAAAUUCUUAAAAAGUUAAAUAAUUUAACAUUUUCUCAAACAGAAA